AUGUGGGGCCACACUGCCAAAGAGACUCCAGUCUGACGCCUCUGCGCUGCUGCGCGAAUCUCCGAGGACAAUCGCUGAACAGCAUUUUGCGAAGGAGGGAUAAACUGGAUGGUUAUUUUUCCACUUCUGGGGGAUUAUUAAUUUUCUAGAGCAAACUUUUGCUAAAGAAGAAGCUGUAAAAAAAUGGAUAUAUACAUUUUGAUUUCCGUGUUAUCAGUGAUGUACUCCUGGAUUAUGUGCACAGCACUAUCAGCGCCUGCUGGAGAGACACCCACUGCCUCCACCGUCACCCAGGGGCGCCAUGUGCGGACCAAACGCUGCUCCUGCGCCACUUUCCUGGACAAGGAGUGCGUCUACUUUUGCCACCUGGACAUCAUAUGGGUCAACACACCUGAGCGCGUGGUCUCCUAUGGUCUGGGCGACGCUCCCAGGGCGAAGCGCGCGGUGGUGGACUCCAUGGCAACAGGCAGCGGGCCUCGCUGCCGGUGUCAACGGGAAAACGACAACACAUGCAGGAACUUCUGCCGGCUGGAAAACCACCGCAGGUAUGAGACAUCGCCCGACACGGUGAUCCGCUCUGCCGAGGGCGAUGGUUGUGCUGAGACGCAGUGCAAACACAAGCUGGCAGCCGACACGGGCAAGAUUAAGAGGAUGAAAAACAACAACAAGAAACAAGUGUCGCCUCUAGCUCUCAGGGUUCCCUUGAAAACCCGCCUGCUGAUUGAGAAGUGGAGGGUGAGACAGCGCCACAGGGCGAGAGCAUGGGAGGGCGAGAGUGCGGCCUCCUAAAGACGAGAGAUAACCUCCACCCCAUGUAAUACAGAGGGGGAAAGGGUUUCAUAACUGUGGGCCUUUCUCUAAAGCCAUCUGCAAGUGGGGAGCCCUGUGCAGCCGCCCCUCAGGAAGGCACUGUUGAAUGCACCAUGUUGACUUCGUGGCUGCUGUGUCAUGAGGUGUCUGGAGCAGAGCAUUUACAACUCCACUUGGUUGCACUUCAUCAGACAGAUGAACAAGGUCAGAGACGAUACUGGGAGUUCAGGUGAAAGGAGAUAAGCUGAACAGAGGACUUGACCACAGUCUGCAGAAUCAAGGACAUUCACUGAUCUUUUCAGAUGUCACGGUCGGACUCAGUUACUCCUUUGGACUCAAAAAAAAAAAAAAAAAAAAAGAAACCAUAAAAAACCAAAUUGCAUUUCAAAAACUUGACUUUACUAGAAGGAUUUAAUAUAAAUCCCUCCCACAAAAUAAAUUCACUGCCAUAUAUGAUAAGGCUGUUCUACUUAUUAUAUUUCAGAAUGCCUUUAUUUUUCUCACAGAAAGCUGCAAAAACCAAUUGUCCAGCCUCCAUGUAGUAGAAGGGAUUUUGUGCCUUGUGUCAUUGCUUUAGACAAGACAUUUUUUUCACUGACUGAAACAUUUUACUGCUUUUUACGUAACAGGUCACCUCCUGUAUGUCAGGGCACAGGUUACUGUAGCUAUGCAGUAAAGUAGCUGCUGGGAGUUUUUCUCACUGAUAUUAUCUUUGCAUUUAUCAUAAUUUAUGAAUUCACUAAAUAUGUUAUAUGUAUGUUUUUGCUAUGUUUUAUUUAUUUAUUCUUUUUACAUGUUGUAAUUUGAUGGCCUUGUUGGUCCAUCACAGCUGGUUUGUCAUUUCCGUGAAAUGCGCUGUCACCAAGGUGCCAUUUUGUGGCCAAAUUUUAAUAAAGUUUUACACAC